AUGUUCAGAACAACAACGUUGCUGCUGGUGCUCGGGCUCGGGCUCGGGCUCGCUGGUGCGGCUUUCGGCGGCCAAUACAGCACCAAGGACUGUCCGCGAAUCAAACUGAAGCGGCAAUGGGGCGGCAAGCCGGCCACGGGACUCGACUAUCAGGUGCGACCCAUCCGCUAUGUGGUCGUUCAUCACACGGUGACCUCCGAUUGUAGCGGAUUUGUAGAGUGCGCCGAAAUUCUGCAAAACAUGCAGUCCUAUCACCAGAAUCAGCUCAACUAUCAUGAUAUUUGCUACAAUUUUCUCAUAGGAAAUGACGGAGUUGUCUACGAGGGCACUGGCUGGGGCGUCACUGGAUCCCACACUUAUGGCUAUAAUGCCAACGGCACAGGCAUCGCUUUCAUUGGCAAUUACGUGGAGAAACUGCCCCCACAGGCCGCCCUUGAUGCUGCCAAGAGCUUGCUCGCCUGUGGCGUCAAGCAGGGCGAGCUUAGCGAGGAUUAUCAUCUGUUGGCCGCCUCGCAGGUUAGUGAUACGAAGAGUCCCGGACUAACCUUGUAUAACGAAAUACAGGAAUGGCCUCACUGGCUCUCCAAUCCGUGAAUGGCCACCUAGGCGUUGCUUAACCCUUUCACGGCUACUGGGCCAACGAACACAACAAUUCAAGAUAAUGGCCCUUUCUCUGUAAAAAUAAACAAAAAUAUAAUAAAACCUAACAGCGUGUUAA